AUGGGUGCAAUAAUACAACAUAUAUUCUUGCAAGAAGAUAAAGAUGAAGAUGAAAGUAUUCUCUUGACAAUUUUAGGAAAUCCAGAUUUGGCUAUCCAUAAUUCAACAAGAUUAAAUGUAAUAAAUACUUGUCUUAAAAAUCAAGGACUUGAUUCUAUGAUGUCAACAUUAUGUUGUGAUGUUAUUCAAACAUUAUUUGCAACAACAUUUGAAUUAUCAGAUUUAACAAAUUACUUUAGAUUUGCAGCUGGAGCUAUAACUAAUCUUGGAACAGAACCAUUACAAAAAAUAACUACAAUUGCUUUUCUUAAAGAAUUUGUUGAAGGAUUCUGGAAUGAAUGUAUUCAAGACCACAAUUAUCAUGAACCAAUAAUCUCCAAUCUAAUUGGUAUAGAUUUUGAUGGAACAGCUUUAAUUAGAGAAAUUAAUAAUUUUAUGAGCAUACCAAAUCCAUUAAUCCACUCAUUAAAAAUAUAUUUUCUAAGAAUUUUACAUAAUCGGCACAAUCUUUCACUCAAUGAUUUAAAACAAUUUUGUAAUAGGCUAAAUAAUACAUUUCCAUGGCUUGCAAGCAUUGUAUGGGAAGACCAUUCUCAAAAUAGACUUCCAUUUAAUCCUUACUGGGCCUUAGAUAUGUAUGCAGAAGCUGAUAAAGGAUUUUCUAGUUUAUAUUCACUUAAAAAUAAAGCACCAAUUAAGACCUUCCUACAAUCUGUAGAAAAAAAUGAGUCAAUAGGACAUAGAAUUGCAUUUGGUGGUGUAGUUGUACAACGUAUACAUUUAGUUCAUGCAUCAGAUGAAUGGACUCUUGAUUAUGAUAAUGCCAGUGAAGAUCUUAAAACUGAAAUUAAUGGAAUGAUGAUGCUUACACCACUUUAUAGACAAGUAAUUGACAAUAUUCUACAAAAUAAACAGCCAUUACUUCAAUUAAAUACCAGGGAAACAAAUGAAACUUUGUUAAUUAAAUCUGUAAUUGGACAUAUUGUAAUCUUACAUUCAUCAAUUCCUGCAGACUCAUCACCAUUAACUGUUUAUCUAAAUAAUAUACAAAAUUGUCAUAUGUAUUAUAUUUUAACAGUACAAACUGAACAAUUAAAAUUAACAAGAUAUUUAUGUCAGUGUGGUUAUAAAUAUUUUAUAGUAAACUGUGGUCAAGCAAUAGAAGCAAAUAAAUGUCCACAGUGUAAAAGCAAUACAAUUGAAGGUGCAAGUCAAAAUGUAACAGUUAUGGAUGAAUCUAAUAAUGUUGACUAUUCAGUUCGUACUAUGCCACCAAAUGCGUAUCGCAUCUUACAUUUAAUUGUUCAUGCAUUGAUUGGUUCUUCAAAUAGUGCUAAAGAUUUCUUAAAACAAAUUGCCAGUAAUAUUGAAGAAUAUUGCUUUAGACAUAUACAGAAUGACUGGAAAGUACUUAAAAAUAUUUUCAAUUGCAAUGAUGAAAAUUUAGCAUUGCUAUUACAUUCAAUUCUAACAGAAAUGUCAAAAAAACUUUUUACUGGUGGUCCAUUAAUAAUUACAACCCCUGCUCAACAGGAUGAAUGGGAAUUACAAUUUACUAAAGAUUAUGUUGAGCCACAAACAAAAAGCUUUAAUGAAUCUGUUACAAAUUUCCAUAGAAAAUUAGAUGCAGGAUUAAAAAGAGCUAAUGGAAAUGCUAAUAUAAUUGAAUCGGAAAUUAAUCAGACUAUAGAUAUGGAUAAUAACUAUAAAGUUGAAUAUUUACCAAAUCUUUGGAGAACAAUAGGAACAAUAAGCUUUGAAAGUUUUAGAGCAUAUUACCUUGCUGAUCAAAUCAAUAACAAUAAAACAUAUCCAUUUCUUUCAAUAUUUUUUAAACACUCUGAAAAAUUAUCACAGGUUAAACAUCUUUUUCCCAUUAUUAAAUUUGCUGAGAUAUUGGCAUCAAGACUUGUGUAUAGAAUCAAUAGAAAAGAUACUCAUAAUAAAUCAUUCCAAGAAUUUAUAAAUGAUGAAUCAAAUGGAGGAAUAGUUAGAGAGACACAUGAAACAUUAAUUAAGACAUUUGAUGAGUUUUCAGAGGCAUGGAAUGCAGUGCGUGAUCAAGUCAAAAGAUAUCAGAUUCAUGAAUUUAAAUCAGUUAUUCCUAGUUUGUCUUUAGAUAGCCCAAUUGUUUUUGCAAUAGUCGAAGAAAAAGAUACAGGGAUAUUUAUUUGUGCAAUUAUAAAUUACCUUGUGACAUUACAAAAUAAUUUCUUGCAAGAAAUCACAAAAAUUCCAAAUGGAUCUUGUAAAUCAUUAAAAUUUUUAGAAAAACCACCUCAAGUUGAUGUGGGAUCAACAUCCAGUGAUGAUAGUAGUAGUAGUUCAACAACAGCUCAAGCCAAUAAUCCACAAGUAUCUAAUCAAUAUUAUAUACAAUCAUCAAGAGCAAGCCAAUUAAGAAAAUCAAAUGUAAUUGAUUAUGAGUGGGAUGAAGAUAUUCUUCAAUAUAGUCAAAGAAUCCUUACUAUUGGACAUGGAGAUGAUGUUAUUUAUGACUUGAAAAAGAUUGAACUUGAACUUGCAUAUUGGCUGGGUUUUGAUAAAGCAUAUAUUGAAACUGUACAAGAUUCACAAUUAUAUUUAGAACCAUUUUCAUACCAUAUGGAAUUGUUCCAAGGAUAUUCGAGAAUUCUCAGUGACAUUAAAAAUAUAAUUCCACAAGAACCUAUUCCUACUGAAAAAUUAUCAUUGAUUAGAGGAGAAGUGGGAAACAUAAAUAAUAAUAUAUUUGUAUCAUCACCACAAUAUACAAAUAAUUAUAGUUUGGAUGAUGCAAAUAACAUUUUAUCAUCACUGGAGGUGCUUUUAUGUUUUAUUAAGCACAAUGCAAUAGGGCAGGAGGACAUGUUAAUACAAGAUUAUGUGAAACAAUGGAUGAAAUUGUCAUUAUUGAUGAUGAAACCUGCAUUUGCAAAUUUAUUAAAUGCAGAUCUAUCCUUAAAACAUAUAGUAGCAUUGUAUGAAUUUGUAGAAGAACAGCGAUUACCUAAAGAGAGAAAAUUCCAAGAAACAAUUUGGUAUCUUACUCAAAUAUCUAAUUAUAAAGAAGGGUUGAAAAAUUUGGAACAAGUCAUUAAAAUUUUUCAAGAUUCACAUGAUAAAGAAAACCAAAUUGGAAUUAUUUAUAACAGUUUGAAUGAAGGGAAAUUGUCAUUAGGUGUUUUAAUAAGUUUCUUUAAUAAAUUCAAUACAGAAUUUAAAAUUAGUAAUGAAUGUUGGAAUUUAAUCAAAGAAUUAUCAGAAGCAGGCACAUUUGUAACAUUUCUCAAAUCAAUUGAAGGACAUGAUAUUAAAAAUUUAAUCAAUAGUGUAGAUGACCACCCAGAUGAACAACUUAUCCAGGAAGACACUGUUUCAUCAUUAAUUGAAGUGAAAAAAUUUUUAAUACCACUGUUGGAUGUUGCCAAAAAGAGAUCAGUGAAAGAGUUUGUUGAAGAAAUUGGAAAGGUUAUUGUAAAAAAUCCAAAGCUAACCAAUAAUAUUGUUUUGUGUAAUAAUAAUUGUAUGGCCUUAGAAAAUAUGUAUAAAAAUAUUGAUCAAAAAAAUGAAGUAACUAAGGAGAAAAUCAAAAAUGCUGUGAUGAAAGGAUCUUAUACUUUUAAAAGAGAUGCUAACGGAGAUAAAUGUAAUGCAUUAAUGACAUACACAUCUGACAAAGUUCAAAAAUCAUCUUACACCUUUAAUGAUCUUCAAGAUUUACGUGGCCAUGCAUUAUUGAUUGCAAAACCAACUGUGGUAAACCUUAAUCUAUCAGUUGAGAAUGUAUUGGAAGAUGAUCAAAAUAUUAAAAAUUCCAUGGAUGUGUUUGUUGAACAAGUUGAUGUGGCUCAGGAUAUAAUAAAUUUUUCAUCAAAACUUGUACAAAUUGGACAUUUUGAAUUCAGGAAAUUUGAUGUGACUGUAAAGGGAACAGAUAAAAUGAAAGAAUUAUUAAAACAAUGUAAAGAAAAAUUAAGAGAAUGGGAGGAUAUCAUGAACAAAGCACAAGAAAAUCAUUACUAUUUAACAUUUUUCCCUGGCCGACACAUCCUUACAUUCUAUGAUUAUUUUUCAAAUGUCAACAAUCCUAAUGUGAUUGAAGAAUGUCAAAUACUUAUUCGAUUUGUAAAUAGAAGAGCUGAAUUACCUUCUGAUAAAAAGAUCAUGGGGAUUUCUUCUAAAAAGAAUAAUUACUAUGAUAUCCUCUGUGAAAUUGGUAAAAAAUUACAACUUAUUUUUGAAAAACUUCCUAAAAAAAUUCGUCAGGUCAAAAAUAUAGAUGAUUGUGUAAUAUCAGAUGUUGUACUUAAUGGCAAAUUAUUUGUGGCAGCUUGUGAUGAGGAAUUACAUGUUCCAAAUAUCAUUAUGUCAUUAUAUGCUAAUCACAGAUCAUGCCCUGAACCAUGGCAACUUUUAAUAUGCACACCUUUAACAACCUCAGAAGAAUUAACAAAUUUUAUUAAGCGUUGUUUUUUUGCAGCAAAUAAUGGGCAUAAAGAUCAUUUGUUUUGCAUAGCAAAUUUAGAAUUAUUAGAUUUUGAAUUACAAUAUAACUUGGUUAAAUUUAUCAGAUUGAUGUGUAAACAUGAGAAAAAUUAUUUGUUGGCAUUGAUUUGUUGUCGUGAGCCUGGAAUACAUCAUCACAUUUUAGAUCAAUUUUCACAAGAUGUAUGUGUAACUAAUGGGCUGAAUACUGAAUCAAUGAAAACAAUAUUCCAUGAUUUGUGUCCAAAUGUGACUUCUUUAUCUUCAGAUCUUUCUGGGCAAGGAAAAACAGAAUGGAUUAAACAAGACAGUUUUGAAAAAGGAAAAGUUACUUGUAGUCUUUUAAUUAGUGAUGGUUUAAAUUUUAGUAAGCUUGUUAGUCAGCUUAAAGAAUGUAAAUUACGAAAAGUAGAAAGUUUACACUUGAACAUAGUUUCAGCUGAAAAUCCUAGUGAAGUAAACAUGUUUCUUUUUGAAUUAUUAAUUUUAGGAAUAGUUUCUAAUAGUGUAGAUAUAGCUAUUUUACCUGCAACUGAAAUUUAUAUUGAGGUAUCUUCAACAACUGAACAAAAAUUAUUAAACUCUAUGCCAAUUACUAGUUAUUUGAGAAGGAAACAUUUGUCAUGGGAUACCAAUAACCUUGUAAUAUCUCAAGAGAUCAACAGUCCAAUUCAAAUAGUAUGUCAUUAUUUAAAUGCAUUUGAUCGUAAGGCUAUUGAAGAGAUAGAUAUUCUUUUCAAGACCGACAAAAAAAUUACAGUUCCUUUGCCUAAAUUUUUUGUGAAUGUGUUUGCUGACCAACUAGUAAGAUUUUCUUCAAGUCAAUACUUUCAAGUUGAAAAUCUUAAAUUAAUGGUAAAAGAAAAAAAUAUUAGAUCAACUUUAUUUGAUACACUACUUGAAAUAUCAAAGGAUUUUGCAACCAAAUCAAUCAAAACUAAAGCUGCUCAAUUAGAAUCAACAAGUAAUUCUGAAGCUGCAAAAUUGGGUACAAUAGUUAAAUGGGAUGAUUCAAAUCAUCUACUUGUUCCAAAUAAUGUAAAGAUGUUGCUGAAGAGUCAAUCAGUUGGACAAAAAAAGGAUGAGCUUGAUGAUUAUAAUCAAUUGGAACCAAAAGUUCUUCUAGACAUAUUAGAAGGUCUUGCAAGAAGAACCUUACCUGAUAUUAAACAUCCUAAUUAUGCACUCUCCACUGACAAUUUAAUCAAAAUGGCACUUAUACUAUUAAGAGCUCAUGCAAAUAUUCCAGUAAUUGUUUGUGGUGAAGCUGGUUGUGGAAAGGUAAAUUCUUGCUGA